AUGCCCCCGCUUCGUAUCGCCAUCCUUGAAUGCGACACCCCAGUCGAAAAAGUAAACAACAAAUAUGGAGGCUAUCGCGGCGUAUUCUCACUCCUGCUGCGUGAAAGUGCUGCAGCACUAGGACAACCCGAUAAGCUAGACCCAGAAACCGGCCUCGAGUUUAGCGGCUGGGACGUGGUAACUGCGCAAGAGUACCCCAACCUGGAGGAUGUAGACGCAAUUGUUUUGUCCGGGUCAAAACACGAUUCCUUUGAGGACCACCCUUGGAUCCUCAAGCUGGUUGAAUUCACCAAAAAAGCUUUCGAAGACAAGCGCGUUAAGAUUUUCGCUAUUUGCUUCGGCCAUCAGAUCCUGGCACGUGCGCUUGGCGCCAGAGUUGGUCGCAACACUGCAGGAUGGGAACUUGCAGUGUGUGAGGUGGACUUGACUGAGACGGGGAAGGAGUUGUUCGGGAGGGAUAAGCUUCGCAUUCAUCAAAUGCACCAGGAUAUUGCGUACGGGUACCCAUCCGAGGUCAUCUCCCUGGGCGCUUCCCCGAGGUGUGCAGUACAGGGCAUGUAUGUCCCUGGGAAGUUGAUCUCUGUCCAGGGCCAUCCGGAAUUCAGAGAAGACAUCAUGACCGAGAUCCUUACUUUGCGGACUGCGGCUGGUAUCUUCUCGAAAGAACAAUCAGAAGAUGCCUUUAAUCGCGCAGGCAUCCCACACGACGGCAUUGCGAUUACCAUGGCCUUCUUGAAGCUUCUGAUUUGA